UUCUUAGUAUAUGUUUUACAUAUAUACUCCCUCAAUUUCUCUCAAUGGCCUUAAGAAAUGCUUCUUCCAUGACAAACUCUCCUUCCCACACAAACCAACGCAUGUGCAUGUGCUCGCCCACCAAUCAUCCUGGCUCGUUCAGGUGUAGCAAGCACAAGAAGUCUCCGCGUGUUGUGGUGGUUGUGCCGACAUCUUCUACCUCUUCCAAGCCGGAUAAUCAUAAUUUGGAUCGCUCGCCGAUAGCCAUAUCUGCCAAGGCAAAAUACUCGUUGAAGGCAAUUGUCCUCCAAAUAAUUAAGGAUCAUUCUAAAAAUGAUCUUUAUAUGUCGGAGCCAUUCCAAACAAAGCCUACUCCAACGUGCAUGUGCUCGCCGACCAAUCAUCCUGGCUCGUUCCGGUGUAGCAAGCACAAGAAGUCGCCGAGUGUUGUGGUGACACCGCCAUUAUCUUCUUCUACCUCUUCCAAGUCGGAUUAUCCUAAUUUGGAUCGCUCGUGGAUGACCAUAUCCCUCAAGGAGAAUAUCUCGUUAAAGGCAUUUCGACUCCAAAUAAUUAAGCAUCAAUCUAAACAUUAUCUUCAUAGGAGGAAGAUAUUCCAACCAAAACCUACUCGCUUUUCGGUAAUGAACCGCAUUGCAGUUUCUUGACCGAUAGGAGUAUGGUUCUUUUAUGGCAAGCUCUCAAAUCUCUUCCAUACAUUUCCCAUAAUAUAGAAGAAUAGUCACUUCCAAAUGGUCCAAUUUUUCCAUUUUCUCUUGGAGGGAGAAAGAUGAGAAUACCUUAUGGAUUUGAGUUACGAGGAUAUAUUAGAUAUCUUGGCAUGAGGUUUUAGAUGUGUGUGGAAUAGACGAAAUGACAUAUAAAUCAUGUUUGAUUGUAAGUUUGUAAUGGAAGAAAUAUUUUAGGUUUUGUUUAAACAUGAUAUAUAAUACAAAUACUUUUGGUCACGUUA